CCUCUGUCUUGGACCAGUUUUCUUGUCAAAGUGGGAACACCCAGAGCCAGGAAAUAACCCUAUUUCCUCACUCAUUUAAAGGCCUGGAAGUCCCGGACAGUUCUCCAGGGCACUUGGGUGCAGGUGGAGCCUUAACAUUGGGCUCUAGGACAAGAGCAUCUCUGGACAAAGACUAACUGCUGACCACAGCCUCUCCACCAUCUGGUCUACCUCAUCCUCUUCACGGAAAGCCCUGAAGCCAACAUGGAAAGCCCUAUGUUGCGAGAAAAUCCCAGUUACCUUCACAUUCGUGAUUCUCAGCAGAUGGUGUGGAUCGUAAAAGGAAAUUCAUUAAUAGCAGUUCCUUCUAGCAACAACGUUAAACCUGUCAUUCUUUCCUUGAUAGCAUGUAGAGACAUAGAAUUCCACAAGGAAGGAGAAGGUACUCCACAUUACCUGGGAAUCAAGGACAAAAGUCUCUGUCUCUACUGUACAGAAAUCCAGGGCUAUCCCACUUUGCAGCUUAAGGAAGAAAAUAUCAUGAAUCUCUACAAUCAGCCCAAAGGAGAGAAGUGCUUCCUCUUUUACCGCAAUUACGAAGGCUCCACUGUUGUCUUUCAGUCUGUCUCCUACCCUGGCUGGUUCAUUGCAACCUCUUCUGAGGCAGGGCAGCCCGUUACCCUCACCAAGGAGAGGGGCACAGCCAAAAGCACGAAUUACUACUUAGAGGAUGGACGCUAAAUCCAGUCUGGGCUCUGGGUGGCUGAAUCCAGUUCAGAGAAUCAAGCAGUCAGAGGUUCUUCUGUUUGAAAACACAACAGGUCAUCUUAAGAGACCACCGUACGUGGAUGCCCAUCCAUAGCCUACCUCAUUCUCAUCACCUCAAAACCACCUCCUCUUCUAGAUAUUCUCUAGAUUUGUUGCUGUUGUUUAGUCACUAAGUUGUGUCCGACUCUUUUGUGACCCCAUGGACUAUAGCCUGCCAGGCUCCUCUGUCCAUGGGAUUUCCCAGGCAAAAUAUUGGAGUGGGUUGCCAUUUCCUUCUCCAGGGGAUCUUCCUGACCCAGGGAUCAAACCCACAUAUCCCGCAUUGGCCGACAGAUUCAUUGAACCACCAGGGAAGCCCACCCUCUAGAUAAUCUCUAGAUGAUUUCUAGAUACACUGUGUCCCCCACUUGCACGUCAUUCCAGUGUGAAACCUAAGAGUCACUUUUUAUUC